AUGAGACCGUUGCUUCUUCUGGCAGUUGCCAUCUCGGCUGUUGUCGCUCGACAUGUGGAUCUACCAGCACCCUAUGAGGACUACUGCAUCCUAAACAACAAGACAAACCUGUAUGAUCCUCAGAAGCAGUUCGAUUUUCCGUGGUACAAUGUGAAUCUCGACCUGCCGCCGAAGCAACGGUGGACGGAAAUCUCGAAGGCGUACUCGCAGCAAAUCAAGAAUUUGAUUGGGGUGCUUAUCGACUUGGUCACACCAAUCUUUCCCAAUGCACUUGAAUGGGUAGAUACCGUAUUCGGGGAUCUUGAACAGCGUCUGCCUCAGCCAUACAAGGAUGAAAUGAUGUCCAUCGCUGAGGAUACUGGGAUCCCGGUCGGCCAGAUUGUGAUCUACAACAUUUUCUAUGAAAUUUUCACAGUCUGUACUUCCAUCAUUGCCCAAGACACACAAGGACAUAUUGUGCAUGCCAGAAAUCUCGACUUUGGCCUAUUCCUCGGAUGGAAUCCUAACACACAUGAGUGGUCAAUCUCAACGGAGUUGAGAAAAAUGAUCAUCAAUGUGAAUUGGAUCAAGGACGGCAAGCUCCUUUACAAAUCAAACAAUUUUGCUGGAUAUGUUGGUAUCUACAAUGGAAUGAAGCAAAACGCGUUCUCAAUCACUGCAAACGAGCGUUUUAUGCUAGCUGGAGGAUAUCUCGGUAUGUAUCGCUGGAUGACCGGAUUGGAACCCGAUGGUAAAUGGAUGUCUUGGCUAACAAGAGAGACACUUGAACAGUUUGACACCUAUGCCGACGCUAAGCAUCAUUUGAUGACAACACCGAUGCUUUCACCGGUAUACUAUAUCCUUGGAGGUUACAAACCAUGGGAGGGUUGCAUUAUUGCUCGUAGCUUGAACGCCACCGAUCUACUCACCGAAAUGAACCCAGCCGAUCCCAAUGGUUGGUAUCUCCUGGAGACAAACUAUGAUCAAGACAAACCGACGCUCUAUCUCGAUGAUCGCCGCACACCAGGAAAUAAAUGCAUGCAAAAGCUCGGGCAGAAAAACGUGAACUUUGAGGGUAUUUUUAAUGUGCUUUCGUCACGCACAAAUCUGAACAAGCUGACCACCUACACGGUCCUGAUGCAGGUCGAAAAUGGACGAUUUGAAACGAUCCAGCAAAGCUGUCCCGGUUAUUGCUGGCCGUUCUGAUUUGCGACUGUAGCCGCUCCAGCCUUCCCAUAUAGUGCUUAAAUUUGUGU